AUGAUCCUUGGUAUAAUAUCUCCAAUGAUUCUCGAUAUGAUAUCUCAAAUGAUUCUUGGUAUGAUAUCUCAAAAUGAUCCUCGAUAUGAUACUCCGUAUGAUACCCCAAAUGAUCCUCCGUCUAAUACCUCAAACGAUCCUCCAUCAGAUACCUCAAAUAAUCCUCCAUUCGAUACCUCAAAUGAUACCUCAAAUAAUCCAUCUGAUGUCUCAAAUGAUCCUUCAUUUAAUCCUCAAAUAAUCUUCCGUCUGAUACCUCAAAUGAUCAUUUCAUUUGAUACUUCAAAUGAUCCUCCAUCUGAUAUCUCAAACGAUUCUCUGUCUGAUACCUCAAAUAAUCUUUUGUCUGAUAACUCUCCUCUUGGAACUUCGACUGAUUCAGAUACCCCAACUAAUUCUUUAUCUCACACCCCAACUGCUUUAACUAAUUCUCAUCCCACACCUCAACUACUUCAACCAAUCCUUUAUCCACCACCUCAACUAUUUCUCUAA